CACAUUUUAAAACCUGAGCGCACCUAUCAAUCAAUUCAUGCAAAAGUAGAUUGCAACCCCCCCAAAGAGAGGGUCUAGAAGAAUGGCACUUGUGCCAAUAGCCAAAGGCUCUCUAUUCGUUGUGAACCAAUUAAUGCAAAGUGAGACUGUCACGGAUGUGCUUCAAACUUGGCUGUCUUUUCUACCCAUUGAACCAAACUCCGUUCAAAAGAUCAUUGGGACCCUCCAAGGCGAAUAUUCAAAUAUCGAUAAAAAACUGGAUCAAGCAAACCAAAAGCUGGAUCGCAUCCUCAAUGGACCUGCCAAAAAAUGUGCUCUACUCAUAAAAGAGGCCCUCAUCUCAUUGCAGUUCCAAAAGAGAAGGGAAGGCGAAGAACAACUGAACCUUGCAGCCGAGGCUGCCAAAGACGCCUUCACCUUGUCCGAUGAAGUCAGAGGAUGGGUGGAAAGCUCCAGCCUUCGAAUUGCUUGCGCUCUGCUUAAGAUUCAACAUGAAGAUUUCGCAUUGAUGAGCUCAUUGGAUAAACAAAGGCUGGCUGCGACUUACAAACUUCAGGUAAAUGACCUCCAAGAAAAGAUUGUGACAAGGAAAGCUGAGGAUACGAAGGAGGCUGAAAAUGCCAAUCCUCUUAUCAAAAAUAAUAAGCGAAAGGCGACAAUGCACAAGUUUGAAGAAUAUGACCUUUUGGAAGGCAAGGUUUUAAAGAGUGCUUAUGGGAUGAUGUCAGAAGGUUUUGGAUGGACCAAUCCAAGGCAGAGAAUUCCAAUCACCCAAGACCAUCUCUCUUUCGAAGUGAUGCCCCAAUACAUUCCGAUUGACGAAAUCAAUGCCGUUUACAUCCUGGUGAAGCAAGAACCCGAAAUCUUAGUCAGCGUCCAUCGCAAGGUUGAAUACGUAAGAAAGGACAGGACCAUUAUUCCAAAAGUGACCUUGAUUUGGUCCAUUGGUAACGAUAAACAUGAGGCCAUUUUUCCAAAUUCGAACCUAACAUUGGAACCUUACCCUAUCACCAUACCCAAAGACAAACUAGAUGAAUUCAGAAGAGGUGGCAUAAAACUAGAGGGAUCCAGGAAGCUCUCCCUGAAUCCAAGAUUCCCUCCUCAACGGAAAAAUGUUUCGACUUCCAAUCUUCCAUCACUUGCUCAUCAACCCAUUUUAGAGUUGGGAAGUACAUUUGAGACCGAGACUUUGCCCGAGUCCAAUCCAAGGGUCCAAAUACCAUCGUGCUCAAUUUGUAGACAACAUAUAAGUGGUGAGAAGAUAGAAGCUCUGGGUUCUUCUUUUCAUUCGAGUUGCUUCAAUUGCUCUCAAUGUGGGAGCAAUUUGUCGGGUGAUGACGAUCGCUUCAAAGCAGACGAGGCAAUGAUGAUCCAUUGUUUUCCAUGUUAUAACAAAAAAUUUGGAAAAGUGUGUUAUGGUUGUCAAGAAGUGAUUAAAGUUAUAGGAGGCCCAUCGAGUCAGAUCCUAAAUGCUGGAGGUCGAACUUACCAUCCGGAUUGCUACUGUUGUGAGAAUUGUGGUACGAAGCUCGGUGGAGGAGAGAGAUGUUAUCCCAAGAAUGGCAAGUUCAUGUGCUCAAAAUGUGCAUGAAUGGUGUUCAAAGACCUGCCUCUGCGCAUGCUAACCAAAAGCUUGUUAGAUUUUGUCAUUGAUUCCUGAAGAGCUACCAGAAACAAGAGGAAUCCAAAGGAAAUUUAUGAUUUAUUUAUGUUUGUCACCUUGAUCGAAAGGAACCUCCAGAAAAAGGGUCAAGUUGAAGUGGCCAUGUGUGAUCUCAGAACUGAAUUCAUUUUAUACACAGAUGCACCAAAAUCACCAAAACAAGUACGAAGGCUAUCAAAUUCGUAUUAUUAUGAUCAUAUAACUCGGCAAUGAGACCUUACACAGAAAAUAUAUUUAUUAUGACUGUUCAACAUGA